GAAGGGCCCGGCUUCCUUCCGGCUCGGUUGUCUCCAGCUUGACUCCUGAGCUCAGUGUGAGCCUCAUCCAGCCUCGGAGCUCCGCUCAGAGAAAACAGCCUCACUUCCUCUCUCUUCUCUCUCAGCGGCUGUUUCUUUAAAAACGGUUCAACUCCAGCUGGAGCGGCUUUUUCUCUUUCCGUCUCUGCGGAACAAACGGACUUUUACCGGCCGGAGAGUCCAGAGGAGGUCCGGAGGAUGAACCCGCCGUGCGCCCGCUGCGGGAAGAUCGUCUAUCCCACGGAGAAAGUCAGCUGCCUGGACAAGAACUGGCAUAAAGGAUGUUUCCACUGUGAAGUCUGCAAGAUGACCCUGAACAUGAAGAACUACAAAGGCUACGAUAAGAAGCCGUACUGCAACGCACAUUACCCCAAGACGUCGUUCACCAUCGUGACCGACACGCCAGAGAAUCUGCGGCUGCGGCAGCAGAGCGAGCUGCAGAGCCAGGUGAGCAGAUCCCGCUCCGACCUGCAGGGGGUUACAUUCCUGCCGAGUUUCAUCCUGGAUCAGAACCUGUGGAUGGAAGGCGUUUUGCUCCAGGCUGCCGUUCCCCCCGCCUCCUCAGGGGGGCGCUGCGCCCGGCGGCCGUAUGCCGUCAUCAGCCAGCAGGCUGACACACGGGGACAGAUGUCCACUCAGCAGGACACGCUGUGA